AUGCAAGAUAUUUAAGAAGAGCUAGAAUGCCAAUAAGCGAAUCACGAUCAGGCAAAAAUAUACUUUUUCUGUCUAAAUAAAGAGUGUAAAUUUAGUAGAAAAGGUUGUCAUUAUUGUGCUGAAGAAAUCCAUAAAUCUCAUUUAUAAGAUUGUUUUAUGAUUAAGUUUAUCUAAUAAUUAUUGGAUAAUGAAAAAAGUAAAUUGAAAAAAUUUAAUGAGCGUGUCAAUGAAUUAUAUUAAGAAAUUAAUAAAUUAGGAAAGAAAAUUAUUGAUCAGAUUGAUCAAUACAUUAAUUUAUUAAAAGAAAAUGAUUUAAGUAAAGUUGAGGACAUUAUAAAUUUGACUUUAAAUAUAUAUGAUAAAUCAAUAAUUGAGAAUAGAAAAUCGAUAUUUAAAAUUGCAGUGGGUUAAUGUGAAUAAUAAUUAUGGAUAGAAUUUGAUAAUAUAUAUUCUUAAGACUCUAAAUAAUUCUAAAUUGAACUAUGCAAAAAUUAAAGUAUGUGCUAAUAUCAUACUAUAUCAAAGGUGUUUUUCUAUUAAAACAUAAUAAAUAUGAAGAAGCAAAAGUUAAAUUAAAUGAGGCUUAGAAAAUUAGUCCAAAUGAUUUUGCUCAAAGAAGUUUAGGUUUAAGUUUUUUUAAUGAUUUGCAGAUUUAAUUUAAAACUUUAAAGAGCAUGACUGGAAUAUUGUGUCACCUGUAGAGAUGCUUUAAUAGAUGAUACAAAGUUGUUUACAUAUUUAAAUUAAUAAGAAUAGCACUUAUUUAAUAAAACUCGUUUUUCAUGGGUAAAUGAGUAGAAAUCGACAAAUUUUAUUCAUCGAAUCAUUAAUAUUAUGCAACAUAAAACAGUUAAAGAAAUAAAUGAAGCAUUGAAAUUAAGCAUUAUAUUUUACUAAGAAUCCUCUUAAUAUGAUGAUCAAGAUAUAUAAAUCAAUCUUGAGUUUAGUAAAAAUAAACUUAAUUUAAUAAUUAGCAUUUUUAUUAGCUUUAUAUUCACAAUAAGAUUAAGGAAUUAAAUUUUAUGAGAAGAAAUUGCAACAAUCAUCCAAUUGCCAUUUGAUAAAUUUAUGCAAAAGUACCUAUAUUGAAUAUUAAGCCAUCCUUUUGGUAACCAAAAAUCCUGAAUAAAAAACUGCAAUACUUUAAAGCAAUAAGGAAUCUUUGAAUUAAUUUAUGAUAUCAAUCUGUCCUAAAGAAAAUGGAUAUGAAUAACAUUAUCUUCAAAAUCUUAUUUAGGAUUUCAUUAAAAUUUUGACUGAAAGUUAUUUUUUGAAUUAUAAUAGGAAUAUACAAGUUACGUAAGAAUCCAUUAGUUGAUUUAUACUUUAGUAGUAAUAUUGUAACAAAAUCUUUUAGUUUAUCUCAAAAAUCAGUUUUCAGAAGUAGAUUGUUAUGACUUAAAAUAAUAGAUUAAUAUAGAAUAAUAAGAUUUUUAUAUUUCUUAUCUUCUUUGUAAAAUAUUGAUAAUAUUUAUAGGUAUUAAUCUACUGGAGUAGUUUAAAUUUAAUGAUUUAAAGUAAUAAAGUAAUAUAGCGAUUAAAUUAUUUCCACACAAAACAGCUUUUUAUUUUUUUUAAGGUAUAAUUUUAUUUUAAAUGAAUAGCUUAUUGUUUAAUUUUAGAGGAAUAAUAUGAAGGAGUUUUAGAUGUCAUUGAUUUAGAAUAAUAAAAAACGAAAUAGAAAGAUUUAUAAUUUUUAAAGGGUGAGUGUUUAAUGAGAUUUUAGGAUUUAUUCUAUAUAAGAAAAAGAAGUAUGAGGAAUCUCUAAAGUUAUUUGAGUAAUUGUAAGAUUAAUAUAACUUUGAAUAUUAUUAAUAAAUGCAAGGUUUACUUUUAGAAUUAAAUUAAAUAGGAAUCUUAUCCUUUUAUCUUGGUCAAAGGGAAUAGGCUUUAGAAAUUUUCAAAAAUAUAUACACAAGAAAUCCUAAAAAUUAACAAGCACUUUAUAAUUAAUGUAAACAAGUAAAGUGUAUUUAUAGGUGUUACAUUAUUUCAUUUAAAUGAACUUGAAGUUGCAAUAGAGUGUUUAAAUUAAGUUUAAAAUAAUUAGAAAUCUUAUCUUUUGAAAGCAUAUCAUAAUAUUCUUUAAGGAAAUUUUAAGGAAGCUGAAAAUUAAUUAAAAAAUCUUGAUAUGCAUCAUUAGAAAUAAGGACAAUGUUUAUAUGGUAAGAACAUAAUAUCUAAUUAUUAGCUAUAAGUUUAUCAGAAUCAAAUUAAUUCAAUCAAGCUGAUUAAAUAAUUAAUAUGAUAAUUUAAAAUAAUGAAUAUGAUAAGCUAUUUAUAAAACAUGGUAAUUAUGUGUAAUUAUAAAAGGAUUGAAUUUAAUUAAUAAUGGUUAUUUAUAGGAAGCUAAGAAUUUUUUUGGAAAAAUGAUAGAAAAUGGAAUGGAAUAAGAAACAUCUUAUCUUUUUUUGAGUAAGAAAUAAAAAGUGAAUUAGGUUAUAUUUUACUGGAUUUGAAAUAAUAUGAUGAAUUAAAGGAGAGUUUGGAGGAACUUUUUAGAUUAAAUCCAAGACAAUAAGGGGGAGUGAUUGAAUUGUAGGAGUAUUUAUAAUAAGAAAAUGAUGAUGAAUUAGUUAGAUAGAUUUAAGGUAAUUAAUUUUGAUAUUGAUACAAUAGAUAAGAUUAAAAAAGAAUUAGUAAAGAUUAGUUAAGAUUGUUUGUAGGAUGGUUUAAUAAGUGUAUUAAAUUUUGAUGAUGACUUUGGAGAAAUAAUGAUACAUUUGAUAAAAUUUAAAUGGAUUAGAGAUCUUUAUACAAUGUGCAUUUAAUUUGGAAUGUUAGAAGAAUAAAAAUGAAAUAUAAAAAUAAUUAUAUUUAAG